AUGGCCAGUGCCAGUACGACUAAUUUCGUCCCGAUUCAAACAAAAGCCUCGAUUGCGCUCAAGGGAAAUGCCCAAGAAUCGUUCAAAGUGACUGUAUUCGAGCCGAAGAAAGCAGCAUUGCAGAAGAAGAGAUCGGCACGACCGCGGCCACCUCCUAAGAAGGACAGCGAAAAGAAUGAUUCCGAGGACGACGAUGAGGACGAUAUUGACGACAUAUUUUCGGAUAUGCCUCGUAAAAAACCCAAAAAGAAGGAAGAUCCAACCGUAUUCGACAUGACGAAAGCCCGGCGAGACAUCAUGAACCUUGGAUUUAGUGGUUUCGACAAGGAGAGCAAACAUCAAGCAAGUGUACGGUUGGCCAUAAAGCUCGGGGCCAAAGCGCCGAAAAACCAAUACCGGAAUUACCGUGAAAUGUUGGAAGAACAGAAAGCGGCCAAGGAGCAGGGCGGUGAUGGGGCGGCAAAGAGACGGCAAGGACAAAUGGCUUACGGUGCGAUCCAAUCGUUCAACAAAUAUCAGCAGCGACAAAGUGAUAAGCAACGUAAUCCAACCUCAAUUAUGAAGCAUUACGGCAUCGCAAAGCCGCGAAUAGGGAAGAAAUAA